GGGUCUCCCCCUUGUCCAUGAGUGCUUUUUCAUGAGGGAGGUUUCACCGGGAGAUCUAGAGGGAGGGUCUCUGAGUGUGAGCAGAGUUUUUAUGUCUCUUUUUUCAUUCAGUGGAUGCUCAGUGGCCCUUGAACAGCUUGGAUUUAACCGUUGAUCAGCUGGGUAACAGGUGGCGCUUGGGGAAACAGUGAGAGCGCUGUGUGGAGUGCUGCUGCACGCUGAGACACUUUGAGGGGCUGUUGCAGGAGCCAGCAUCAUGUUGAGGAUUCAGACGUGGUUGCUUCUCCUGGUUCUCUGUGCUGGGAACUUGGAGGCCUGGUUUUGGCAGACAAUUGAUGACCCAACCACAGAGACCCCAAUGGAGACAGGAACUACAGGUGCCACCACGGCAGCGGGAACGGCAGGUGCCACCACAGCAGCGGGAACGACAGGUGCCACCACAACAGCGGGAAUGACAGGUGCCACCACGACAGCCAAUGCCACAAAGAAUAAGAAGAAGGAAGAGGAGGAGGAUGACAACCUAUCCGGGGUUGGGGAAGAAAUCAUCAACGUGGCCACAGGAAUCCGUAAGUUUGUCGAGGCGUGGGAUGCGACCCCGACCCCGACCACCAGGACUACUAACGGAGGCCUGACAGAGAAGGUGGAGAGCGCUAACCCUAACAUGACGGUGGAGACCGGCGUCUCUUUGGACCAGCUAAUCGGAGACCCUCCACCCAAUGCCAUCACCAGAGUCUACGGGCCGAGGGGUAGGGCCGCUUAUGCCUUCACCUCUGCGGCAGUGUCGGGCCAACCGGCUCGGGCCCACGUCCCCAACCCUUUCUACCGCCACUUCUCCCUUGUCUUCUACAUUAAGCCAUCCACUUCCGCCGCCUCCGUCCUCUUCUCCAUCACCGAUGGGCCCCAGAAGUUCAUGUACGUCGGUGUCAAGCUCAGUGCGGUGCAGUCCGGCCGUCAGAGGGUUCAAUUCUUCUACACAGAGCCCGACUCCGAGGCUUCGUAUGAAGCGGCCAGCUUUGACGUGCCCAGCCUGGUGGACACCUGGAGUCGCUUCUCGCUGUCUGUCCUGGAGGACCAGGUGACUUUCUACCAUGGCUGCGACUCUGAGCCACAGGUGGUGAAGUUUGAGCGCUCUCCGGAUCCCAUGGAGCUCGACGCGGGGGCUGGGAUCUUUGUGGGCCAGGCGGGAGGAGCCGACGCUGACAAGUUCCAGGGUGAGAUUGCAGAGCUGAAAGUGGUGGGAAACCCUCGGGCAGCUGAGCGUCUGUGUGACGAUGACGACGACUCUGACGCUUCCUCUGGUGACUUUGGCAGCGGCGAAGGCGACAGGAGACAGACGGGGCACACUGUGAAGACCACGCCUUCUUCCUUACGACCAGUACCUGAACCCCCUGUGAUAUCCUCACAAGGAACCUGGCUCAAAGAAACAGAUGUCAGGUUUCACAAGCCGUUGGUGGACCACAGCCGGACUGGAUCACCAGGCGCAAGAGGUCCCAGCGGUGCUAAAGGCGACAGAGGGGAGAAAGGCUCAAAGGGGGAUCUGGGCCCUGCAGGGCCAAAGGGAGAGUCUGGCUUCAGCUCUGGCUCCAGUGUCUCCUCUCAGGGUGGAGGACAGAAGGGAGAAAAAGGUGCAAAGGGUAGUUCUGGCUUCGGAUACCCCGGCAAUAAAGGAGAACGUGGGGCUCAAGGGCCUCCCGGGCGCCCUGGUCCUCCUGGACCCGCAGCUGAGGUGGUCCGACUUGGGGACGGCUCUGUUGUGCAGCAGGUGUCUGGACCACCCGGACUGCCGGGACCACCAGGGUCAGAUGGGCCUGCAGGAACUCCAGGAACUGACGGAGAGCCUGGUGAUCCAGGAGAGGAUGGGAAAGCUGGUCCCCCCGGGCCAAGAGGCUUCCCAGGAAGUCCAGGAUCUGCUGGUCCCAAAGGCGACAAGGGUGAGCGUGGAGAGGGUGAACCAGGACCCAGAGGCCCCCCUGGUCUACCAGGACCUCCUGGACCUGGCACCGGUGACCGCCCAACGUUUUUUGACAUGGAGGGCUCAGGAUUCCCAGACUUGGACAGAAUCCGGGGUGCCAGUGGUCCUCCGGGGCCCCCAGGCCCUCCUGGCCCUCCUGGGGUUUCAGUGGCUAUGGGAGCCAACGGUCCAGUAGCUUUCGGACCUCCUGGACCACCUGGACAGGAUGGAGUUCCUGGUCUACCGGGCCCUCCCGGUCCUCCCGGUCCACCGGGUCAACCAGGACUCGUAGGCGUGAAGGGUGACAAUGGUGAGCUCGGUCUUCCGGGACCAUCUGGAGAAAAGCAAGACUCGCAAGACUCCAACUUUUUCACCGGGCUGUUCUCUUACUUUGCUCCAUCCUCUACGGGUGCUCAGGGUGACGCCGGAAGGUCAGGUACACCUGGGCAGACUGGGCUGGCAGGACUUCCAGGUCCCAUGGGACCAGUUGGACCACCAGGACCCCCUGGGCCGCCAGGGCCACCAUACCGCGUUGGUUUUGGCAACCAGGAUGGAUUUGAGGGAAACAAUGGCUUGCCUGGACUCAGAGGUCCACCUGGACCACAGGGUCCUCCUGGUAUCGCAGGUCUUCCUGGUAAGCCAGGUUUACCGGGCAUCCAUGGAGACAAAGGAGCAGAGGGACAAAGAGGACCUCCUGGGAUACCAGGUCUCGACGGAUUCCCCGGACAGUCGGGUGAAAAGGGAGCCAGAGGAGACAAAGGAGACACGGGUCUGCCAGGGCGAGAUGGCGGACCUCCUGGACCUCCAGGACCUCCCGGCCCUCCAGGACAGAUCAGCUACCGCACAACGAGCGACUAUAAUGACCCAUAUUGGAACGAAGGGUGGCAGGGAGGAAGUAGUGUUCAGGGUCGAGCAGGAUUCCCGGGGCCCAUGGGACCAAAAGGAGACAAAGGAGACUCAGGUCCUCCAGGGUAUGCACCUAAGGGAGAGAAAGGAGAACCUGGUCUUAUCCUCGGGCCUGAUGGGAGACCUCAGUACAUUGGUGGCCUUGCAGGAAAGCCGGGCGAGAGCGGACCCCCCGGCCCUGUGGGACCUCCAGGUCCACAUGGUCCUUCAGGCCACAAGGGAGAGAUUGGGCUUCCAGGUAGACCGGGUCGACCGGGGCUGAACGGCGCCAGAGGAGAGAAGGGAGAUUCAGGCAUUGGAUCUGGAUACGGUUUCCCGGGUCCUCCAGGUCCACCGGGCCCCCCUGGACCUCCUGGACCUUAUGUUCCCAGCGACAGAUUCAGAGGGUAUGAUGAUUCCUCCAGGCAAUACCCAGCUCUUAAAGGAGAGAAAGGUGAUCCUGGACCACCGGGGACUCUUGAAAUUCCAGGUUUCAGGUCAUCGGUUGACAUUUACACUUUAAGGAAUGAGUUGAAAGGUGAAACGGGCAAUCCGGGCUUCAAAGGAGAGAAAGGAGAACCAGGCGGAGGAUAUUAUGACCCCCGCUAUGGAGGGAGCGGAGUUGGACCCCCAGGAGAGCAUGGACCUCCUGGCCCAAAAGGCGACUCCAUCAUUGGCCCACCAGGCCCUCAGGGGCCACCUGGUCAGCCAGGAAGAGGCUAUGAUGGGCAACCUGGACCACCAGGUCCACCUGGACCUCCAGGACCAUCCUUACCUGGAGCUUACAGGGGCACACAGACUAUCAAUAUUCCUGGACCACCUGGACCACCUGGAGUGCCUGGACUACCUGGACACUCCUCAGGGGUAACAGUGUUGAGGUCUUAUGAUACCAUGACAGCCACUGCUAGAAGACAACCCGAGGGCUCUCUGGUGUACAUUAUAGACCAAAAAGAUCUCUACUUACGGGUCCGAGAUGGAGUUCGUCAAGUCCAACUCGGGAGCUACAUUGCUCUGCCCAGUGUGGAUGAUAAUGAGGUUGCAGCUGUGGAGCCCCCACCACUCGUCCCCUACUCCCCAGACCACCACUCCAACACCGACACCUCCUCACAUGACUCCCAGAGGCCACCUGAGAGUCCGGUCCACCCAGACUCUGGGCCUCAGUCGCAGCCACACCACCCAGACCCUUAUUACCCAUCAAACCCUGAUCCCAGAUACCCAACCCACACUGAUCCCAGAUACCCAACCCACACUGAUCCCAGAUACCCAACCCACACUGAUCCCAGAUACCCAACCCACACUGAUCCCAGAUACCCAACCCACACUGAUCCCAGAUACCCAACCCAGCCGGAUCCCAGAUACCCAACCCAGCCGGAUCCCAGAUACCAACCUGACUCCCGGCAUCAGCCAGAUCCGCGGUACCCAGCACCCACAGAUCCAAGGUAUCCAAGUUACACAGACCGGUUGAAUCAACCGGACGGUAGGUAUUCUGUCCAUACAGCCCAGGAACGCCCCACGUACCCAGACACUCGCUACGCAGUCACUCCUCAGCGAAGACCACCUCCUCCUUUGCCCGAGUCUCCAGUCCACCAUCAUUCUACAGGUCCAGCGCUCCACCUGAUCGCCCUGAACAGCCCUCAGACCGGCUCCAUGCAGGGCGUCCGCGGUGCAGACUACAAGUGCUUCACUCAGGCUCAGGCCAUCGGGAUGAAGGGAACUUUCCGGGCAUUCCUGUCCGCCAAACUCCAGGAUCUCCACAGCAUAGUUCGCAAGGCUGACAGGGACCGUGUGCCAAUAGUCAACCUGAAGGACGAGGUUCUGUCUGACAGCUGGGACGGCAUCUUCAACGAGGGCAGAAUAAAGGACAACGUGCCGAUCUACUCCUUUGAUGGCAAAGACGUUUUCAGUGACAACACAUGGCCGGAGAAGAUGGUAUGGCACGGGUCAACCAGCGGCGGGCAGCGGCAGGUGGACAGCUUCUGCGAGACGUGGCGAGUGGGCGAGCGGGCACUGACCGGCAUGGCGUCGUCACUGCAGAGCGGCAAUCUGCUCCAGCAGAGCUCCAGCAGCUGCUCCAGCUCCUACGUCGUGCUGUGCAUCGAGAACAGCUACAUCAGCCACUCCAAGAGAUAGACACAAAACACACAACAAUGGACGAAGCCAUGCUUUUGUCCACACACACUUUUCUAUCUGUGCACUGUAUGUGGUGCUUUGUAAAUAGAUCUUUUUCUUAUGAAUAAUUAGUUUACGUUUGUUAGCCGCUCCCAUACGGUGCUAUUCAGGAUUAUUCCACAUGUUGAACCUAAGUUAAGCUCAGGUGACAUACAGUAACAGUCAGGCCUUAAAAGCUGACUGUGCUUCCAAAAGCUUUGUUGUCUGUGAACUUAAAUGCUGUGUGUGACUCGUCUGCUAGCGGUCGCUAUAAUGUUGAUAUAAAUAUUGAAAUUAACAUGCUUGCUAGUAAAACCCAGUUUUUAUUGAUCAGAUGUCUGUCCCUGAGAUUUCAAACAUAAUGGAGGUGAAAUGAUUUGAUUCUAUUUCCUGGUUGCUCUGGAUAGUAGACCUUUUUCACAGCAGCCAUUUUGACAUGAAAUAGAAAUAUAUGGUUUGACUGUGACUGGAAUACAAUGUUAAUACACGAGAGGCACAAAUUGGGGCUAAUUGUAGAAACACAUGUUCCACUUAUAUAAUUCUUCAAUCAAAUAAAACAUGUCCAUAUGUCCAGACUAGAGAAACUAAACUGAUCUCCGAGAGGGAUAUACCACUGUAAUCACAUGUAGAAAUGAUGUCUGUGGAGCGAGUGAUGGACUUCCGUUUAACCAAGCACCUAAAAAGCAGUGUUAAUAAUGAAAACUAUAUUUCCUUUGGCUUUAAAUAUCACAUUUAACUUUAUAUACAGUAUUUGUCAGCGCUGGAGUUAAAAAAUAAGUACUUGACCUUUCCUAAGUCCCGUCCCUUUCGAAACCUCGGUCAACUUUCUGCUUAAGAUGUGACUAUUAAUAUAUGUCACUUUUAUCUUUUAACCAUUCUCCAAAUGUGUUUUUUUCUUAACCUUGAUGAUCCUAUAGCACAUAGCAUAUCUAAGUACAGCAAAGGAGGAAGUUGACCGAGGUUCUGAUCGAGGCUUGCUCAGCUGUUAUUGGAGGAAAGAGCAAAAAGGGGCGGGACUUAGGAAGGGUCGAUUGUCAGUUAAACCUUUUUAUCUGUGUAAAUGGUGCCUUUAACAACACAUUUCAACCUCCAAAAGCAAUAUAAACAUGAGUUAUUGUGUAUGAAAGUUGUGUUUUUUUAAUUUCCUUUCCUUUACACUGAUGUUAUCUGUAACCCAUAGCACUUGAGUUAUAGCCUUUUUAAUAAUUUUGCAACUGUCUUGCACGGGAAGAUAUUUUCAAAUCGUAUUUUUUAGCAAUAACAAAGGGAUAUUUAUUUUUUAUAAACCGUGCAUUUUCUAGUUCAACGAUAAUGUGUGAUGUGAAUGCUUUCACAAAAGAAUAAUUACAUUUACAAAUACAUUCAGCAAACGUGCAAACCCUACACUGAUAUAAGAUUUGUGCGAAUAAUAAGCAAAAAAAAUUGAUGUACGAAUAAAUAAACAGGAUUCAGCCAUAAAUGUUUAUCAAUGCACUGUUGCUUUUUAUUCAACAGUGAAUGCGCUGCAGUUUCAGUCUAAAGUGGAGAAUCGAUUGACAUUCAAAUGUACUAACAGUGCCAUAACAAAUGCAGUAAGAUUACAGGUUGUCAUAUGUUUUUUUUCCUCCUUGUGUGAGCAACAUUAUGAAAUGCUGCAUUUCAAUGAAUAAACCUGUGUGGAAAUUGUGA